AUCUGUCAACGCUGUUUACCGCCGACGCCAUUUGCUUAGUGUGCAGUGCUAUUGUUUUUAAGUCGAAAGACUUAUAACUCGUGCAGUGAUACUCGUAGUGUGUAAUUUUAAGCCACGUAGUGAUUUAUAGCAUUUGUAUUUUCUUGCAUUUGACAAGUUUUGACAAUGGAGCUGAACGAGCUAAUAGCCGCGCGAGGCUACGUAAAAGGUACGAUUACACGAUUAACUUCACUUGUUUCGACACCGCAGUCAGUUAAAAACUUGUCUAAAGAAAACUUAAUGGCUAAGAGGAAAAAAUUGAUCGACUCCUUUAGUCAAUACGAAAAGCUAAAUAUAAAGAUUUUAACUAUCCAACCAGAGGACAAGGAAAAUGUCGAACUUUUUGAGGAAAACUAUUACAACAUCAUUUCAGUAAUUGACCAAGAACUUAACAGCCGUGAUAAUAGGAAUCACUCAGCUCCAAUGUCCAAAUUGCAUUUACCACCAAUUGAUGUACCAAUAUUUAGUGAUGCAUACACGUCACGCGCAUUUCAUAUGGAAAGAGAUGCCACGAAGGAGCCAACUAUCAACACCUUCCUUGAAUACUUGGAUAAGAGAGCGCUGGCGCUUGAGAAUGCUGAUCCAGGCUUCCACGGGCAGCAACGCCAGCCGCAAAAGGAGCAAGGCAAUGCCGUUGGUAGGAUGGUAGCCUACACAGCUGCGCAGGAGCCUACAUGCUUAUACUGUGCUGCUGCCUACAGUGCUGCCGGUGAUGCCUGAGCGCCAGCAGUCUGCAACAGAGGCCGGCACUCCGCAACCACGUCUUAUCAACACUUAUUUUGGAUAUAUAAUUGGAGGUACCCUACCACAUAUUUCAUCUAAGGUCUGCAAAAAGGUAACGUUAAAGUGUACUACUUGUGAGUCUGACAUUAAUGAAACCUUAAGUAAAUUUUGGAAGACAGAAAGCGUUCCUCAGAUCUAUGAUGAAAGGUCAUCAGAGCAAGAGCUCUGCGAGUAUAUUUUUAAAAGUACUGUUCAGAUGAAAGAAAAUUGUUUUGAAGUCUCUUUACCUUUAAAAUUACCUCUUGAUGAAAUCAAUGAUGCGCUAGGUGAUUCCUUUAAUUUUGCUUUAAAAAGGUUUUUAAACUUAGAGAAAAGGCUGCUUAAUGAUCCAUAUCUUUUUAUUGAGUACCAAAAAUUUAUUCAUGAUUAUAUUAACUUGCAACAUGGCCAAUAUGUAGAUAUUGAACUGUAUGAAUUGAAUAAAAAUGCAGUUUAUUUCUUGCCUCA